CGGUGGCGCGGGUCGGAGCAGGUUGGGGAGCUGGGGAGCGAGCCGAGGGGUCGGGAGGGAAAUCCCAAGAUGAGGAAGUGUGUUGGAGGAGCCAGAGAGGCCGGGAGAAGCGGACGGAGAUGGAGCCUGCGCGCCCCGGCAGUGCCUGGGCCCCGGAGAGGCGCGAGACUGGAAGAAAUGGGAGUCGCGAAAAGAAGCUUGGAGAAGCUGAGGGACCGAGAGACGGGGAGGUUGAGAGAGGACGGAAGCCGGAAACUGGAGAAAUGGCGGCGGGGGGGGGGGGCGCGAGGAGCUGAUGGGGUCCCCCAGAGCGCCUCGCGGAGACUGCAGAGAAGAUGUGGUGGCACCGUGAACUUGGGGGGGGGUGGGGGAAGAGUAGGAAGGUGGGCGUGGAAAUUGGCGAACGGAGGCUCAGGAGGCGGGCAGUUCCCACGGAGGAGCAAGACACUUGUUGGCCUUCAAAAUAAAAGUUAUCUUAGCAGCCAAGGUGCGCAGGGCCUGGAAGACCCAGGAUGGACUUGUGUCUGUCGCGCAGAUCGCCGCAGGAGUCGUGAGGUGCCCUGUGUGUCACCAGUUGGACCCGGGGCCCAUUGCCUGUCAUCGUCCUGUGCCACAGUGAGGAGCAAAAUUGGCUUUUUGAAGAGAAGGUGGUUCCUCCUCGCGGGCACCGGGCUCUCACUGCAGCUCCGAGACCGCGUCGCGACUGCCCACCGCAUGCCUCCUCCCAGAACGAAGGAGGGAGGGGACGACCGAGGCCGACACUGGGAUCCCAGUGAGGAGGACUCCCCUGGGAAAUGGGACUGGAAUUGUCCGGAGACCCGUCGCCUCUUCGAGGAUGCCUUUUUCCGUGAUGAGGGUUAUAUACCCCAGGGUUCUGAGGAGCGCACGAAGUUCUGGACCUUCUUUGAACGCUUACAGAGAUUCCAGAACCUCAAGAGCACCAGGAAGGGGGACAAGGACCCCGGGCGUCCCAAGCACAGCAUCCCGGCGCUGGCCGACCUGCCUCGCGCUUACGACCCCCGUUACCGCAUCAACCUCUCGGUCCGGGGCCCCGACGCCUGGGGCUCUCGGGGGCUGGACAGACAGCCCCCGGAGAAGGUGUCCGAGUUCCGCCGAGCCCUUCUGCACUACCUGGACUUUGGCCAGAAGCAGGCGUUUGGACGACUGGCCAGACUGCAGAGGGAACGGGCGGCCCUCCCCAUCGCCCAGUACGGGGCCCGCAUCCUGCAGACACUGAAGGAACACCAGGUGGUGGUGGUGGCGGGUGACACGGGCUGUGGCAAGUCCACCCAGGUGCCCCAGUACCUGCUGGCCGCCGGCUUCAGUCACGUGGCAUGCACCCAGCCCCGGCGUAUCGCCUGCAUCUCCUUGGCUAAGCGCGUCAGCUUCGAGAGCCUCAGUCAGUAUGGCUCACGGGUCGGCUACCAGAUCCGCUUUGAGAGCACACGGACGGCAGCCACCAAGAUCGUGUUCCUGACGGUGGGGUUGCUCCUGAGGCAGAUCCAGCGGGAGCCCCGCCUGCCCCAGUACCAGGUCCUGAUCGUGGACGAAGUCCACGAACGCCACCUGCACAACGACUUCCUCCUGGGCGUUCUCCGGCGCCUGCUGCCCGAGCGGCCUGACCUCAAGGUCAUCCUCAUGUCGGCCACCAUCAACAUCUCGCUCUUCUCCAGCUACUUCGGCGGGGCCCCCGUGGUGCAGGUGCCCGGGAGGCUGUUCCCCAUCACGGUCGUGUACCAGCCACAGGAGGCCGAGCCGCCGGCGUCCAAGUCGGAGAAGCUGGACCCUCGGCCUUUCCUGAGGGUGCUGGAGGCCAUCGACAAUAAGUACCCGCCGGAGGAGCGGGGCGACCUCCUCGUCUUCCUGAGCGGCAUGGCAGAGAUCAGCGCGGUGCUCGAGGCGGCCCAGGCCUAUGCCAGCCGCACCCAGCGCUGGGUGGUUCUGCCGCUGCACAGCGCCCUCUCCGUGGCCGACCAGGACAAGGUGUUCGAUGUGGCCCCCCCUGGGGUUCGGAAAUGCAUCCUCUCCACCAACAUCGCUGAGACCUCAGUCACCAUUGAUGGGAUCCGCUUCGUAGUAGAUUCUGGGAAGGUGAAGGAGAUGGGCUAUGACCCACAGGCCAAGUUGCAGCGGCUGCAGGAAUUCUGGAUCAGCCAGGCCAGUGCCGAGCAGCGGAAGGGCCGGGCGGGCCGCACGGGCCCCGGCGUCUGCUUCCGCCUCUACGCUGAAUCGGACUACGACGCCUUCGCCCCCUACCCCGUCCCGGAGAUUCGGAGGGUGGCCCUCGACGCGCUGGUGCUGCAGAUGAAAAGCAUGUGCGUGGGGGACCCGCGAACCUUCCCCUUCAUCGAGCCUCCACCACCAGCCAGCCUGGAAACGGCCAUCCUCUACCUCCGGGACCAGGGGGCCCUGGACAGCUCAGAGGCCCUCACCCCUAUCGGCUCUCUGCUGGCCCAGCUUCCGGUGGACGUGGUGAUCGGGAAGAUGCUGAUCCUUGGUUCCAUGUUCCACCUGGCGGAGCCCGUGCUCACCAUCGCGGCUGCCCUCAGUGUCCAGUCGCCCUUUACCCGCAGCGCCCAGAGCAACCCCGAGGGUGCGGCCGCACGGCGGCCCCUGGACAGUGACCACGGUGACCCCUUCACGCUCUUCAAUGUCUUCAACACCUGGGUGCAGGUGAAAUCCGAACGGAGCAGGAGCUCACGCAAGUGGUGCCGCCACCGGUGCAUAGAGGAGCAUCGGCUGUACGAGAUGGCCAACGUACGGCGCCAGUUCAAGGAGCUGCUGGAGGACCACGGGCUGCUGGCCAGGGCCCGGGCCCCGAAGCCGGGCGACAGCUACAGCCGGCUGCGGCAGCGCCGGGAGCGCCGGGCACUGUACCAGCUGAAGCGCCGGCACGAGGAGGGCGGGGGACACAGGCGCAAGGUGCUGCGGCUGCAGGAGGACCCGGGCGGCUGCUCCAGCGAAGAGGACCCGGGGGCCGGCGACAGCGUGGACAUCCAGGAUGUGAAGUUUAAGCUGCGGCACAGCCUGGAUCAGCUGCAGGCGGCCACCACCUCGGCCCAGGACCUGACGCGGGACCAGGUGGCCCUGCUCAAGCUGGUGCUGGGCCGGGGCCUCUACCCCCAGCUUGCAGUCCCGGACCCGUUCAACAGCAGCCGCAAGGACUCGGACCAGAUUUUCCACACCCAGUCCAAGCAGGGCACCGUGCCGCACCCCACUUCCAUCUUUGCCAGCAGCCCGGAGGUUCUGCACACGCAGGAGCAAGAGGCCGGGGGCGGUGAAGGGAGCCGAGACGACAAGGACAAGCUGAGCAGCAGGCACCAGCUCCUCACCUUCGUCUCCCUGCUGGAGACCAACAAGGCCUACCUGGUGAACUGUGUCCGCAUCCCCGCGCUCCAGUCUCUCUUGCUGUUCAGCCGGUCCCUGGACACCAACGGUGACUGCUCGCGCCUGGUGGCUGACGGCUGGCUGGAGCUCCAGCUUGCGGACAGUGAGAGUGCCGUCCGGCUUCUGGCGGCUUCCGUGCGGCUCCGUGCCCGCUGGGAAAGUGCCCUGGACCGGCAGCUGGCGCGUCAGGCCCAGCAGCGGCGGCUGGAGGUGGACCAAGAAGAGGAGGAGGAGGAUCCGGUCGUCCGCAAGGAGGUGGCCGACCUGAGCAGGGAGCUGCUGAAAUUCACCGCCUCCAAGGUCCCCUACAGCCUGCGGCGGCUCACGGGGCUGGAAGUCCAGAACCUCUAUGUGGGACCCCAGACCAUCACAGCCAUGCCUAGUCUUCCUGGCCUCUUUGGUAGCUCUGCCUUGUCCCCUCACCCCACCAAAGGGGGCUACGCAGUCACUGACUUCCUCACCUACAACUGCCUCACGAGUGACACGGACCUGUACAGUGACUGUCUCCGCACCUUCUGGACCUGCCCCCACUGCGGCCUGCACGUGCCCCUGACGCCCUUGGAGCGCAUUGCGCACGAGAACACUUGCCCCGAGGCCCCACAGGACGGUCCCGCAGGGGCUGAGGAGGCCGCCCCCGAGCCCCUCCAGAAGGCGUCCGUCCUGCAGAAGCCCUACCACUGCGCAGCCUGCCAGAAGGACUUCCUGUUCACACCCACGGAGGUUCUGCGGCACCGGCGGCAGCACGUGUGAGCCAGGGACCCCAGGGACCCUGGGACUCCCGCCCAAACCCGCGGCCUCAGCUCCCCUCAGCUCCGAGCCGCAGGGUCUGGCCCAGCCCGGCCAGGAGGGGUGCGCAUACGUGAAUAAAGUCUCCUGUGCUGACUCUGACCUUGGGGCCUGCUCCCGCCCGCCCGUCUGGAAAGUGGCAGAUGCCCCCGGUCGUCCCCUGGGUCGCUCUGGCUCCCCCCCCACCUCCCCCGCUGCCUCGGGCCCCCUGAGGCAUCCUGGGGCAGGUGCGGGCGGGUAAGACCCAGCAGGGCCUCCGGAUCCCAGGUAGAGGACCUUGGCCUCCCCACGGCUGCUGCUCUCCCCUGGCCCCACGGCCCGGCUUUUUCUCAGACCAGGGAGGCCUGCGUGUCCGUCCGCACGUCCGUCGUUUUGAGAGCUGGGCCGGGGGUGGCGGUGUCGGUGUUGAGGUGGGCCUGCGCGUCCCGCACGGUCACCGGGGCCAUUCCCGCUGCGGGGUCCGUGGCCGUUCUCCCUUGUCCCCUGGGGCCCCCAGCCCGACCCCGCCACACACAUGAGAACGAUUGGGAAAUGCGGUGAACCACUUGAUGCUGCUAAAUCCUGCGGCUCCGUUGAAAGGGAGAAACGUCUAGAAGGGCGCAGACUGCCGGGGUGCCUGGGGGCUCAGCCGGUUGAGCAUCCGACUUUGGCUCAGGUCGUGGUCUUGCGGUCCUUGAGUUCGGGCCCUGCAUCAGGCUCUGUGCUGACAGCUCAGAGCCUGGAGCCUGCUUCAGACUCUUGUGUCUCCUUCUCUGCCCCCAACACCUCUCUCUCUCUCUCUCUCUCUCUCUCUCUCUCUCUCUCUCUC